AUGCAAAAUGCUCGUGUUGCGAACAAAAUAACACUAAUACUAUGUCUCCUUUUUGCUGCCCUCCUAAAACCAAAUGACGUAACAGAAGCGUAUAAUAUAGCUCGGAAUGCAGAAAAAUUAAACUACAUAUUAAAUUACAAAAAUGGCAAUAGGUAUCGCACAGAUAAUAGGAUAAAUAAAACGUUUUUUAAAAAAAAGGAACUUAGGGAAAAUGCAUUAAACAGCUUUAAUGAUGACGUGAAGACAAUUAGGGAAGACAUAUCGUCAGAGAGUUCUCCGGUGGAAAAGUACAAUUUCAAAGCAGAGGUGAAUAAAGUUAUGGAUAUAAUAGUUAAUUCUUUAUACACGGAUAAGGAUGUAUUUCUGAGAGAGCUAAUUUCGAACGCGUCGGACGCCUGUGACAAGAAAAGGAUAAUACUACAAAACGAAAAACAAAUGAAAGAAGCACAGAAUAUAGCGAACGCACCAGGUGUAGAAAAAAGAGACAUGGAAAAAUCAGUUCCUGAGGGAGCUAGCAAAGAUGGAGAGGUAGAAAAUAAAGAACAAGUUGAUGAAAUAAAAAAGCUAAUCAUAAAAAUCAAACCAGAUAAAGAAACCAAAACGCUAACCAUUACAGAUAAUGGAAUUGGUAUGGACAAAUAUGAACUCAUUAAUAAUUUAGGAACGAUCGCUCAGUCGGGGACUGCCAAAUUCUUAAAACAAAUUGAAGAAGGGAAGGCGGAUAGUAACCUAAUUGGACAAUUCGGAGUUGGUUUCUACUCCUCCUUUCUGGUGUCCAAAAAAGUGGAAGUAUUCACAAAGAAGGAAAAUACAAUCUUUAGAUGGUUCUCCGAUCUGAAUGGCAGCUUUAUGGUGAACGAAAUAAAAAAGUAUGAACAGGAAUAUGACGACAUAAAAUCAAGUGGAACCAAAAUUGUCUUACAUUUGAAAGAGGAAUGCGACGAGUAUUUGGAGGAUUAUAAGUUAAAAGAACUAAUCAAAAAAUAUUCCGAGUUCAUUAAAUUCCCUAUCGAAAUUUGGUCAGAAAAAAUUGAUUACGAAAGAGUUCCAGACGAUUCGGUGUCCCUAAAAGAUGGAGAUAAAAUGAAAAUGAAAACGAUAACAAAAAGAUAUCACGAAUGGGAAAAAAUUAACGUGCAGUUACCAAUAUGGAAGCAAGACGAAAAACAACUAACUGAAAAUGAUUACUAUAGCUUUUAUAAAAACACCUUUAAGGCAUAUGAUGAUCCGUUAGCCUAUGUCCACUUUAAUGUAGAAGGACAAAUCUCUUUCAAUUCCAUUUUAUACAUCCCAGGAUCCCUCCCAUGGGAAUUGAGUAAGAAUAUGUUUGAUGAAGAAUCAAGAGGAAUUCGGCUCUACGUCAAAAGAGUUUUCAUAAAUGAUAAAUUUUCAGAAUCUAUACCCAGAUGGUUAACCUUUUUAAGAGGUAUUGUAGACAGUGAAAAUUUGCCUCUAAAUGUAGGAAGAGAAAUUUUACAAAAGUCAAAAAUGCUUUCUAUUAUCAACAAAAGAAUUGUUCUUAAAAGUAUCAGCAUGAUGAAAGGACUUAAAGAAACCGGAGGAGAAAAAUGGAAUAAAUUUCUCAACACGUUUGGAAAAUAUCUCAAAAUUGGAGUCGUGGAGGAUAAGGAAAAUCAGGAAGAAAUAGCCUCCUUAGUUGAAUUUUAUUCCAUCAAUAGUGGAGAUAAAAAAAUCGAUUUAGAUACAUACAUAGAAAAUAUGAAACCGGAUCAGAAGUGUAUCUAUUACAUUUCAGGGGAAAAUAAAAAAACCGCGCAAAAUUCACCCUCUUUGGAAAAAUUGAAAGCACUAAAUUAUGAUGUGCUUUUCUCCCUAGAGCCGAUAGAUGAAUUUUGCUUGUCGUCCUUGACUGUUAAUAAAUACAAAGGGUACGAUGUCUUGGAUGUGAACAAAGCGGACUUGAAGCUAAAAAAAGAAAACGAUCAAAACCAAACGGAUAGUCUGGAUAAGAUAAAAAUGAAAUACGAAGUAUUAUGCAGAUGGCUACAUAACAAAUUUUCUCACAAAGUUCAUGAAGUUCGAAUUUCCGACAGAUUGAUUAACUCUCCAGCUUUGCUAGUUCAAGGCGAAAUGGGCAUAUCCCCUUCUAUGCAAAAGUACAUGAGACAACAAGCCACCGCGCAAGGAAUGUCAGAGAAUGAAAUGUUCGGGGGACAGUCAGCCAAUCAACCAGUGUUAGAAAUUAAUCCAAACCAUUACAUCAUCAAACAGCUAAAUCAUUUAAUACAAAUAGAUAAAAUGAAUUCGCAAAAUUCAGAAAUUGCAGAACAGAUAUUUGACAUUGCUUCCAUGCAGGGGGGGUACACCAUUGAUGACACGGGUCUUUUUGCAAAACGGGUCAUAGGGAUGAUGGAAAAAAAUGCCCAGAAUUAUUUGAUGAAUGUUCAGGGUAAUCUGGACGACAAACCUUCAGAAAGUAGCCUGUCUAGCAGUUCAGAACAGGCAACGAAUUCUGCGCAGCUUGAUACAACUCAGGGCAACGCAGGCGAGAAUAGCCCAGGGCUUGACAAACCAACCGAUUCAAGCGAGUCCGUCGGAUUAAGUGAAUCCAACGCAGACGCAAGCAGCACGGACGGACAAGGCGACGAAAGGUUGACAGCCAGCAAUUUAGACGGCUUGGGUGGAGACAAGGCAAGUGCAAAUUCAAACAACAUAAGUGCAGACGUCUUACGCGAUAACACCUUGGAUGGAAAUAAAAUGAAUGGGUUGGAUUCAAACUUGUACAACAUUGAUCGAAACAUUUUUAAUGACAAAAUGUUUAGUGCCUCGGACAAAACCGUCUUAUGA